UUUCUAAAUUUAUGUUGUUUUCCUACCAGGCAGAGUCAAGGGAGAUGUCACAAAAAAGCAGGAAUGCAUUUGAACAUAUGCAUGAUGUACUACAUGAAAGGGAGUACCUUUGCUUGGGUCAGCUGAGAGAUCUGGAGAAAGAGAUUGAGAUGCUGGAAGAAGAAAACGCUGUUAAUCUGCCAGAAAAGAUUGCCUGCCAAGAGAAGUUGAUUUCAGAGAUGCAAAAAAAGCUAUGUCAAUAUCCGUUUGAAUUCUUACGGGAUAUCAAAAAUAUACUAAGAAGAUAUGAAAAGAAAGAGGGUCACGUGGUGAACACUUUUUCUGAGCUAGAAGAAAGACUCAAAAUUUACUCACAGAGAAAUUCUUCUCUAGAAGAGGUCAUGAAACACUGUCGAGAUUCUUUGAAACAAGUCCUCACCAAAGAAAGUGUGACCCUGGAUCCAGAUACAGCAUACGUAUAUCUCAUUGUGUCUGAGGAUCUGAAAAACGUGAGAUGGGCUGCCCAAAAACAGGAUCUGUCAAUGAAUCCUCUCCGAUUUCACCUGGAUCCAUUAGUACUAGGUUGUGAAAGAUUCAGCUCAGGAAGACAUUGGUGGGAUGUGAAGAUAGAGGUGAACAUGGAGGAGGAAGAGAUAGAAUGGGCUCUAGGGGUUGCACAAGAGUCUUUCAGAUAUAAAGGGGAUGGGAUCCCCAGCCCUCAGAAAGGGGUCUGGGCUGUAGGAAUGAAUAAGAUCCUUUCUGACCAUGGCUCACUGAAAGAAUCAUCUCAACUUUUUUCCUAUGCUUUCACGUUCCCUCAGUGGACCCAUUUAACUGAACAACCUUUGCCUGGGAAGAUCCGAGUAUCCUUGAAUUAUGAAAAACGUUAUGUGAAAUUUACAGAUGCCUAUUCAGACACACUGAUCUUUACUUUUAAUGCUGUUUGUUUUUCUGGGAAGAAGAUCAGACCAUUUUUCUGGGUAGGGCGUGCUGUGAAUAUGAAAUGCUGAAUUUUGGGGAGAAUCUGCAUCAACCCAUUUGGACAACUUAGAAAGUUAACGGCUUGUGAGUCUGGAUUUUGUAGUUUUUGAAUCCUGAGGGCCUCACCAAAUUUAGAAGUCCAUACAUACGUGAGGACGUCUAGGCACACACAUCGCACCCAUACACCUUCUCUAUCCAUUCAUUCAUAGACACAUAUUUGUUAUACAAUCUCUGGGAAGAUGAUUGACCAUGCUCAGGAUAAAUGUCCUUCCACUCCUAGAGCAGUCUAUCCUUAGGAACAUGGUGACUGCCAAAAGACACAAGUGAGGGAUUGUCCACCUCUGUUCAAGCUAAACUGUGAAAGCCAAGGCAUACGCGUAGCCCUUUUGCUAUCUCCCCAGCUAGUCCAAUACUGUAUACUCUUGGGGCUCUGAAAACAGGCCUAGGUUUUUUUUGCAGGGCUUGAGGAGGACAAGUAUCUUCAAUUUUUUUAAUGGAGAGUAGCAUACUUGUUUUAUAAAUAAAUGUGUACAAUUUUGUCAGG